GAGACGGCCGUUGAUGAAUGCUUACUGAUAUUUUACAGCCGUACGUUUAUUCCAUAGAAGCCCUGGGAAGUGUGGGCAGCACGGCGGGAAGCUCAUGGCCGUCUUCAACGCCUGAGCCGUCCCCAUCGCCCGCAUCCACGCCCACCUCCGCUGACGCAGCCGAUGCUGACGCCGAACCACCGUUCACGCUGGGCGCCACCGAGCACACGCCCUACCAGUGCCAGUUCUGCGACAAGGCCUUCCCUAAGUUGUCUUACUUGAAGAAACAUGAACAGACGCAUUCGGACCAAAUGCCUUUCCGGUGCGAGUUCUGUUCCCGGCUGUUCAAGCACAAGCGUUCACGGGAUAGACAUGUGAAGCUGCAUACCGGAGAUAGGAAAUACCGCUGUGCGCAUUGUCCUGCUGCUUUUUCUAGAAGCGACCAUUUGAAGAUCCAUAUGAAGACGCAUGAUAAUCAGAAGCCGUUCCAGUGUACGGUGUGCAACCGAGGGUACAACACAGCAGCGGCGCUGACGUCACACAUGCAGGGACACAAAAGGGACAGGGAGGGACGUGAGCCUGACCGCCGACGGGUGCUGCGCUGUUUACGUUGCGGGGAUGCGUUUAGGCGCCCUGACUUAUUACAAGCUCACAUGGCCAGUGCACAUGGAGUGGAGACUCCUGCGCUAACGCCACCGCGGCGAGUUGCAUCGCAGCCACCGCCGACGCUACUCGCUUGCAUGUACUGCACUCGCGACACUUUUACGAGUAUGGAACAACUGCAACUCCACGUACGUGCAGCACACUCCGCAUUACUCAACGGGGAGACGCCCAUGCAGGUCGACCAACCGAAACCCACGGAUCUCAGCAGACGAGCGGCAGAAGACGCGCCGUUAGCGAAGCGACCUAGGUCCGGAUCUGGGACGCCGCAUACAACCUUAUCUCCCAGCACUCUUUUGUGCAACCAGUGCGACGCGGCACUCCCUGACUUUGAAGCUUUCCGGAAUCACUUAAAAGGACAUUUAGAAGAAGGAGGAGAAUUGGGGAGAUCAAGUCCCGCUCCGUGCUUGCAUUGCGGGGCUACAUUCGCUGAUGCGGCGGCGUCUGAACGACAUCUCGCCGCAUUCUAUUUGGCUGUGUCGUGCGAAUACACCUGCCACAGCUGUGCCAGGAGCUUUUCCGCACCAGACGAUUUGCAGAAGCAUCUUCUAGAUUUACAUGCUCAUCAUCUGUAUCGGUGUUCGCUGUGCAAAGAAAUCUUCGACUCCAAAGUAGCUAUUCAGGUGCACUUCGCCGUGGCCCAUAGCGGUGAGAACAAGGUGUGGAUGUGCCGAGGGUGCGGGGGCGGCGCGGGUCCGUUGCGGUCGGAAGCGGAGGGCGCAGCGCACGUGCGUGCACGACACGCGGCGGGUGCGGCACGGUGCACGUGCGGCGCGGUACUGGGCGGGCCCGGCGCUGGACCCGGCCGUCUGCCGCGCGCCGCCCGCGCUUACCGCUGCCCCGCGCCCGCCUGCACCGACACAUUCGCCGUGCACUACCUGCUGGAGCGACACGUGCAGACGCACCACGCGCCACAACACCCGGCGAUAAACGGUGACAUGUCGAGAGUAAAGCGUAUGGACAACAACAACAUCUCUGAUGGCGUCGAAGGGAACUGUUCACCGCGCACGCCCGGCUCGGACGGGAACGGGCCCGUGGUGGAGGAACGAAGGCGGAAAAACGGCGCAGUAGCACUGCAAUGUGCGUACUGCGGCGAACGUACCCGCAGUCGCGCCGAACUAGAGGCUCAUACGCGCGCUCACUCGGGCGCUGCCGCUGCGAGGCAUAAGUGUCUGAUAUGCGAUGAAGUGCUCCCCUCAGCGGCGGUGCUUGCCGAACACAAGCUUACACAUUGCAAGGUUGUUGCUGGCGACACAUGUGCUCGAUGCCGUGCUAGGCUGCCGUCCGAAGAAUCAUUCCUAACCCACAUGGCGCGACAUCAUCCCACGCUGCCGGCACCAUGCGUUGUUUGCCGGCAAACUCUCGCGUCAGAGGCGGAGGCAAGGCUUCACGCUCGUUUCCAUUUGCGACCGGCAGAAGACGAACAACGGUGCGCGAUAUGUUUGAGGGCAUUGACAGAAAGUGAGACAGGCGAAGGGGCUCGCGCUUGUUCUUCGUGCUACGCUCGGCACGCCGCCCCUCACCCCCCUCCACCAGCAGAUCACGACUGCCGCCUUUGUAGACGCACUCUCGGUUCUCCUACGAGACUUCAAGCGCACCUCAUAGAACACACGUUCGCCGGAAUAAGCGCGUUCACCUGCUACCUCUGCUCGGCAGUUUUCACCAGCGCAGCCGGACUGCAACGUCACCUCCCCGAACACGCAGCAGCGCCGAAACCGUUCGACUGCGGACGGUGCGGUAUGAAAUUCUUCUUCCGGGCCGAGUUGGAUAAUCACGCUUUCGUACAUCUAGAGGAGGCGGAAAUAGCACAGAGAGCGUUCUAUGAGGCCUACGCGAGAGGAGCAGCAUCGGCGUGGGCUGCGUUGGCACCACCGGAAGCGGUACCUCAAGCUGCACAGAUUCCACCUCCCGUGCCACCAUUGGCCGAAGUUAAACGAGAGCCAGACAUAAAAGAAGAGCGCAACACCGACGAGUAUAUUGAGGUAGCUUCUCCUCCACCAGCCCCUCCGCCAGAAGUUCCGAAUCCUUCACCUCCCCUUGUAGUGAAAGAAGAGAAACCCGACGAAGACUGAACGGGUUGCCUAGCGAAUAUUGUCGUCCGUGACGCGGAACUCCCGCUGCAAUACUAGAAUACGUCCCGUACUAAGUUAUAGUUAAUGCCGUUGAAGUUUGCGUUUAGAACGCUGUUUUUUUGUAAGUAGGUCAUCCUUUUAUUUUGUUUAGGAAUUGUAAUGUUUUAUAAUGUUUACAUGGCUAUUUGUAUAAACUGUUAAAAUAAUAAAUUAUUACGUUAAGCUUCCGAAAUGGUUGAUUAUUUAAAAAAAUAUAUUUUCAAGAUAGAAAUAUUUAUUAGACAUGAUAUUGUUUCGCUACCAUUGGAUUUCACUUUAUACCGUAGCUACUUGUUGCUGAAUCCAGGGCAAGAGUGCUGCGAUGUUGACGUAAACGCCGGGAACAUUGCUUGCUGCACAUCCCAGGCCCCAGGCUACCAAUCCCACUACCACCCAUUGACCGUUCACUGAGCAGACUAAUCCAGAUCCACCAUCACCCUUGAAUAGAAUCUUUGUUCGCUUCACCUCCAGCACAUAUAAAGGAUGUUGUGUCUAAAACGAAAUUUGGACCGAGCCUGGCUGUCUGCAGUUGGCUCUGACACGUAGCCGAAGCUACAAUUGGCACAUCUACUUCCUUCAAAAUUUGUUGAAAUUGCCCUUGAUUACCAAACAUAUCUUUCCCCCAUCCUGAUACCCAACACCUUUGCCCAACGUAAGUCGAAGCUGCGUUAGGCGGAAGACAAGCUCUGUUAAUAGUGACAGCUGACCCAGCUGCCGGGGUAAAAGGCACUGGAUUCGCCAGUCGCAAUACGGUUAUGUCGUACUGAAGAGUACUGGGGUUGUACGAGGGAUGGGUGAACACUCUCUGUAUCGUGUACUCUUGGUAUGGAACAGGCUCGUAGGUUCCCGCAGCAUCCCAUUCUCCUAAUCGAACCUUAAUAUUGGGAGCUGUGCCUGAAACAAUUUGGAAGCAAUCUAUGGGUGACAGUCAGAACGUUUAAUUGGUCAAUUAGCACUCCUCCUGCAAUAUACUCAUUCUGUUUCGUUAAAAUCAAUGCCUGCCAUGGGUAUUCUCCAUAAUUAGCUUGUCCAGGACCGGGUUGCACAGCAAUAUUGGGCGUAGCUUGCAAUGUACCGCACGCUAUCGAGGAAGUCGUACCACCACAACAAUAUACUUGGCCAGGGGGGCAUUGGCCCUGUGUAACAAUUCUGAAGUCUAUGAGCCCACCACCAUUAUUCGAUCCUUGAUUUGCACACGUACCAACGGGUACACAUGAACAGCUUUGUCUCUUUGUUAUUUUAUGAAUUAGGCUUUUGUAACUAAACAAAGCACCGUUUAAAACAUUUUCCUUGUCUUCCAAACUUCUCCUUCGUCUCUCUCUUGGGAAUUUCACAGCUGUAUCGAAGGAUGGUGCUUGGGCACUGUAUCCGGUUAUAGAUGGGACUCGCAGCGCUGCCGACGUCGCUGGCGUAGUUCCCAGCCUCGGGUCGAUAGGGAGCGAGCCUGUAUGGAAUGCGGUGACCGGCGGUGUUUGUGUGAUGAUUGGCCGAAAAGUUGUCGUGGUCGUUGUAGUUGUUGUAGUGGUGGUGGUAGUAUUUGUCACUGGGGCUGUCGUCGGUUGUAUUAUUGGCGUUGGCAAUCCCUGAAUAACGAUAACGUUGUUCGGAGGAGUGUUGGUAGGAAUAAGACCCAAACAUGCUGUCAAUAGCCAAAGACACAUUAUUCAAUGUUGACACGACCGCUGCCUGGGGAUACUGAAAUUUUGUGUGCCUCGUUGAUGGUGUUAGUCGUUUAAAGCAGAGGUGAUGAUGAAUGCAUGUAUU